UAUUGAAAUAUGUCACGCAACGUGACGCUCUCGGAUGAGCAGAGCCGUCUCAAUGCGCGUCUGGAGGCGCACAUGGUGUACAUAUGCCCGGAAUGCGGCAAGGCCUUUCGCACUCAGGCCGAAUGGCGCCAGCACCUGAACACGAAACACGACUAUCUGAAGAAGACCUACUCGGACUUCAACUUCAUCCAGAUCGACGAGCGCUUCCACGAGUGCCAGCUGUGCUUCAAGUGGGUGGAGAACGCCCACAAGACCAUCGCCCUGCUGCAGUACCACUACUUCAUGCACCUGGAGCACAGUGAAACCUACCGCUGUGUGCACUGCCGCAUGGCGUACACAAGGCGCCGGGCUCUCAAUGUCCACCUGUUGGACACGCACAUGCGGGAGAUCGAGAAGUACGAGAACAAACUGCGCCAGAUGAAGCGGCAGCAGCAACCAAAGUCCACCGCUGUGCCCGAAACUGUUCCAGGUAGUCCAGACAAACCGACGCAAGGCAGGACACGCGGGCGGCCCAAGGGAUCCGUGAAUAGAAAGCAGAAGGAUCUGCUGCAGAAGGCGCUCAUGGACAUCGAUCUCAACACGGAAUUGGAGAAGUCCCCGACUCAACCCGCGGCAGUUUUAGCAACACCUUCGACGGCCGCUCCAAAGAUCAAUACAAAUGUGAGCAGUGAGCAGAAUCUGGACCGGUGUUUGGAUGCCUACGAGGACAUUGUGCGCAAGGAGGAGGAAAAGGAGCCCCAGUUUGACGCCGACCUGGAUGCCCUUUGCCAGAAAUUCUUCGAAGACGGCAACACCGCCAGCCACACCGCCAGCCAAGUGAAGCCAGAUGAAGAGCUGGAGCUACCGGAAGCGCCAAUUCAGCAGCAGGAAAAUCAGGAGGUGGUCAUCAUCGAGAUCGACGCUCUUGGCAAGGAAGAGGUGGCCCAGUUGAAGAUGGAAAUGAAAUCCGACCCCGUGGUUCACGCGGCCAAGCGUCGACGCCUGUCGACGACUCCCACCCGCGACUCGGACACUGAAAUGUCUACCAAUGGCCUGACGAAGCUCAUUUCGUAUUUGUGCCCCAAGUGCGGCAAGGAGAUCGCCUCGAUGGAUGGCUGGCGGGCGCACGUCUUCAAAAAGCACGACUUCGAACACAUUAUCGAGAACAGCUUUAAGAUCGUGGAACCAGGGCGCAAGGCCAUGUGUCUGCACUGCCGCGAGGUGCAGCCAACUACCAACAGGUCGCUUCUGCAAAAGCACUACUUCAAGCACCUGCCCUACCGAUCCUAUCUUAAGUGCACCCUCUGCGAUCGCACCAAGACCAGCACGUCGAAGAUUCUCAACCACAUCCGCUACAACCACCAGGAGGAGCUGCAGCGUAAGAACAAGACGCAGCUGCUUAUAAAGCCGGAGCCCAAAUGGGCCAGCCCCAAUAGGUCCGGAAAAGCAACCCAGCCGGAUGACGCCGGUUCCGAGGACGAGGAGGAUGAGGACGAGGAAAGACUCAUUUGCGAGCACUGUAACAAAGUAUUUAAGACCAAAUGGCGCCACGAUCGCCAUAUCUUCUCUUGCAAAAGAGCUGGCGUCAUCCGGCCAACAACCCCAGUCGAAGGAACCGUCGAGGCCAUGCUGAAUAAUCUGCGAGAGGGACACAUGCGAAUGAGCCGCAUCUGGAAAGCGAUGCAACGUGAAAAGCUUUAGUUGUAGUCCAGAUUUGGAGGUUAGGUGGAAUAGCUUAAAAAUAAAGAAUCUAAAUGUAA